GCGCAGUAGUGAGUGAUUCCAGGGACGCUGAGAUCCAGGGGGCUGCUGGAGGAAAGCAGGAAAAGGGGCGAAACGCGUCGGAUCUCAGGGCUGGUGCUCUUCCCUCUCCCCCGCAGGGCAAGGAGUUCGAGACCCGGCUGAAGGAGAAGAAGCCGGGAGACCUGUCGGACGAGCUGCGGAUCGCUCUGGGGAUGCCCGUGGGACCGAACUCCCACAAGGUGCCCCCUCCCUGGCUCAUCGCCAUGCAGCGAUACGGACCCCCGCCCUCCUACCCCAACCUCAAGAUCCCGGGGCUGAACUCGCCCAUCCCGGAGGUGAGUUGGGGAGUGCGGGAGACGGGCUCGUGCAUGCCCCCCCCGGGGGUUGUUCUGGGGCGCGAUGUGUGUCCUGUCCUGCCAGGCAGAGCGGCGCCGAGAUGAGGGCGUGGGGCGACACUGGGGGCACUGGGGCGC